AUGCGUUUACUCUCACAGAAGGUGGUGCGCGAGAUGAACCGCCUGGGCAUGAUGGUGGACCUGUCGCACGCUAGCGUCGCCACCAUGAAGGACGCGCUGGAAGCGAGCCAGGCGCCCGUCAUCUUCUCGCACUCCGCCGUCUACGCGCUCUGCAACAGCUCCAGCAACGUGCCCGACGACGUACUGAGGUCCUUGGCGAUGAACGGCGGAGUGGUGAUGCUGAGCCUGUACCCGUAUUUCAUCACCUGCAGCGCGGCCGCCAACAUCACUGACGUCAUAGCGCACAUCAACCACGUGCGUGACGUCGCUGGGGUGGACCACGUGGGCCUUGGUGCUGGUUUUGACGGCAUCAGCCAGUGA